AUGGCUUCUUCCGAUAAGAUCUUUUCCCUCGAGGGAAAGGGCCUCAAGCUCGACACUGCUGAGGAUCUCGAGCCUCAUAUUGCCCCUCUUCGAUCCACAGACGUCGAAGAAGUUCGUAUUUUGGGCAACACUCUGGGUGUUGGCGCCUGUAAGCUUCUUGGCGAGGUUCUUGCGACCAAGAAGAACCUGAGAGUCGCAAACUUCGCCGAUAUCUUCACCGGCCGACUCCUGAGCGAGAUCCCUGACGCCAUCUCUUCGCUGCUCACCUCCGUCCUCAACCUUCCCAAGCUCAACACUAUCAACUUAAAUGACAAUGCCUUUGGGUUGAACGUCCAAGCGCCUCUCGUGGCCUUCCUAGCCGCCCACGUGCCGCUGCAGCACCUUUACCUGAACAACAACGGCAUGGGCCCUCACGCUGGUAUCCUCAUCGCCGAUGCGCUCUCCGAGCUUCACGCCAAGAAGGAGGCUGCCCGAAAGGAAGGAAAGGAAGUUCCCGAUCUCGAGACUGUUAUUUGCGGCCGAAACCGAUUGGAGAAUGGAAGUAUGACGGCGUGGGCAAAGGCCUACAAGCUGCACAACAAGAUCAAAGUGAUCAAGAUGGUCCAAAACGGUAUUCGACAAGAAGGUAUCUCCCACCUUCUCGCCGAAGGUCUCAGUCACGCCUCCAAACUCGAGGUUCUCGACCUGCAAGACAACACUUUCACCGUCACUGGGGCCCGAGCUCUGUCAAAGGUUGUUGCCAACUGGACCUCGCUCCAGGAGCUGGGAGUUGGUGACUCCCUACUUGGUGCCAAGGGUGGUGUCCUCGUGGCAGAUGCUCUGGCUAAGGGAAAUAAUGCUAAGCUUGAGACCCUGCGUCUACAAUACAACGAAAUCACCUCCAAGGGUAUCAAGGCCUUCGCCACUGCCGCCAAGGAUGGUCUUCCUGCUUUGAAGCGAAUUGAAAUCAACGGCAACAUUCUCACGGAGGACGACGAGUCAAUCCCCGUCCUUCAGGAGCUUCUCGAGGAGCGCAAGGAGAAGUUCGGUGGUGAUAUUGUCAACGAGGAUGAAUGGGGUGUUGACGAGCUGGAGGACCUUGAGGAGCCAGACAGUGACGCGGAGGAAGAGGAAGAGGAGGAAGAGGAGAUUGAGCCUGAGGACCGAGCCGAGAAAUUGAUCAAGGAGGCCGAGGAAGCUCAAGAGGAACCUGUUAUUCCUGUCAAGGACAAGGAGGUGGAUGAGUUGGCAAAGAAGCUCGAGAAGACUGGAAUUUAA